GUAGUCAGCUGCUGCGAGCAGGAAGUGUCCGAGGAGCGGGCGGAGACUGCACAAUGGCCCCGGACCCCUGGUUCUCUACAUAUGAUUCUACUUGUCAAAUUGCACAAGAGAUUGCUGAGAAAAUUCAACAGCGAAAUCAGUAUGAAAGAAAUGGUGAAAACACAACGAAGCUUACCGUGACAAUCAGAGCUUUGUUGCAGAAUCUGAAGGAAAAGAUCGCCCUUUUGAAGGACUUAUUGCUAAGAGCUGUGUCAACACAUCAGAUAACACAGCUUGAAGGAGACCGAAGACAGAACCUAUUGGAUGAUCUUGUAACUCGAGAGAGACUACUUCUGGCAUCCUUUAAGAACGAGGGUGCAGAACCAGAUCUCAUCAGGUCCAGCCUGAUGACUGGAGGGGCUAGGCGAGGAGUACCCAACCCUUGGCUCUUCGAGGAACCAGAGGAGACCAGAGGCCUGGGUUUUGAUGAAAUCCGGCAGCAGCAGCAGAAAAUCAUCCAAGAACAGGACGCAGGCCUCGAUGCCCUUUCCUCUAUAAUAAGUCGCCAGAAACAAAUGGGGCAGGAAAUUGGGAAUGAGCUGGAUGAACAAAAUGAGAUAAUUGAUGACCUUGCCAACCUGGUGGAGAAUACAGAUGAGAAACUUCGCACUGAAACCAGGCGUGUCAAUAUGGUGGACAGAAAGUCAACAUCUUGUGGGAUGAUUAUGGUGAUUUUAUUGCUGCUCGUGGCUAUUGUGGUCGUUGCAGUCUGGCCUACCCAGUAGUGGCAAUAAAGGGACCACCAGCCGUGACCUGCCAAUGAUGGAGAAAGCUCAGCGCCCUUUUGGUACACGAAAGCUGCUCUCAAUAAAUUCCCCCAAAGCUCAGAACUCGCGAUGUGCGUUGUUUCAGU